GUUCUUCCUCAUCCUCACCACUCCCUCUCCGCCUCGCUACCCGCACCUCUCCUCUUCACGCCUUCAGAAGAUCUUUCUAGCCAACGGACACUUACUCAUCCCACACACACACACACACACACACACACACAUCAUAUACCAUGAAGAUCCAGAUCGUUCUGAUUGCUGCAGCCAUCCUCACCAUUGCUGGUGUCCAGGCUUUGCCGAUUAACCCUGAGGCUAUCAAUCCCCGUAUGCGUCUCCCAGUCAUGAACCUCAAGGAGGCUAUCAAUCCUCGCAUGAGUCUCCCCGUCAUGGAUAUGGAGGAAGAAGCCGUUGGUCCUCGCAUGCGUCUUCCUGUCAUGGAAAUGGAAGAAGCUGUCGGCCCCCGUAUGCGUCUCCCAGUCAUGGACCUCAAGGAGGCCAUUAACCCUCGUAUGCGUCUUCCAGUGAUGGAAAUGAAGGAGGCUAUCAAUCCCCGCAUGCGUCUCCCUGUCAUGGACCUUAAGGAAGCUAUCAAUCCUCGCAUGCGUCUCCCAGUGAUGGAAAUGGAGGAAGAAGCCGUCGGUCCUCGCAUGCGUCUUCCUGUCAUGGAAAUGGAAGAAGCUGUCGGCCCCCGUAUGCGUCUCCCAGUCAUGGAACUCAAGGAGGCUAUCAACCCUCGCAUGCGCCUCCCUGUGAUGGACCUCAAGGAAGCUAUCAAUCCUCGUAUGCGUCUCCCAGUCAUGGAAAUGGAGGAGGCUGUCGGCCCCCGCAUGCGUCUCCCAGUCAUGGACCUCAAGGAGGCCAUUAGUCCUCGUAUGCGCCUUCCAGUCAUGGAAAUGAAGGAAGCCAUUAAUCCCCGCAUGCGUCUCCCCGUCAUGGAAAUGGAAGAGGCUGUCGGUCCCCGUAUGCGUCUCCCAGUCAUGGAUCUCGAGGAGAACUAAGAUCACAGCACCCACCGACCACACCAUGCUCAAUCACAUAGGGUUCUUCAUCUCAUGAAGCAGUUUCUCUUCUGCCUUUCCCUACUAUACCCAUCCUGCAUAGCGAUUAAUUUCUCAGUUCUCAUAAUGCUAAUUGUACAUAUUGCAAUAAAUUACUUGUCUUUUCAAUUUACUCUGAACCACCUAAGAAACGAAGGAUGCAUCUCUGACAUAUUGA